AAACUACAUGCCGCAUGUGCUAUGGAUAUGUGUCUCUUGGUGGCGAAAGGGAUUAUUGACUUCCCAUCAAGCGUCUUCAGACUCAAUGGAUUUAUCGACGUCUACUGGAUUGUACAAGAUGGAGGACUCUGUCUACUAAUGGGAUAUCUUCUGAAACAGCACAAGGUGUGGCGAGGUUGCAAACUACGAAUCAUUGCUAUCGCACAAGAAAACGACAACAAUCUUAAGAUGCAGUCUGAACUACAACAAUAUGUCUAUCAAUUGCGAAUUGACGCCAAAAUUUUGAUUGUCGAGCUGGCUGAUCCCGAAAUUUCCAAAAACGCUUUCGAGCGCACGCUUCUUAUGGAGGAACGCACUAUCGUGCUUAAGCAAAUGCAAGAGGCUAAAAGCGGCGGAAGCAACGCUUCUCGAGGAAUCUCGCCUCUCGUCACGGCGGAACAACGUGAGAAAUCGGCCAAGAAGUCAGAUGAUGAAAAAGGAGAUAGCAAAUCACAUGAAGAGAAUGGAGAUAAAACACCUGAGGAUGAAUCUGGAGCUGAUGAUAGCAAGAAAGAGAAGACAAUGAAAGAAAAAAUGCGCGCUCUAGACCGAACGAAAGUGCAUAAAAUGCACACAGCUGUUCGACUGAACGAGCUCAUCAUUGAACAUUCCCUGAACAGCCAACUUGUUCUUUUGAACUUGCCAAAGCCUCCGAAGACCAAAGAAGGACUUGGCGAUUACAUCCAUUACCUGGAAGUUUUGUCGGACAAAAUCAGUCGGGUAAUUUUUGUACGGGGCACCGGAAAAGAAGUCAUCACCACGUGCUCUUAG